AGCCAUUUCGGCUCAAGCUCCAGGGUUCUGGUCUGACGCGCGCGACGGUCGCUAACAGCACCGUCCUUCUGGACACUUCAGCCCGCGAUGGCCCGCUCCAGCUUCGGUGCCAUGGUCCUCGCCGCGGCGGCCGCGUGGCUGUUAUCCGCGACCUUCUCGCAGGCCUUCGCUGGCAUGAAGGCCCAGACGGCUGCCCGGGGAGACCGCGUAGCCAGGCAAGCUGGGUCCGAGAUCAUGCUCACCGCCCCCUCGAUUGGCGGACGCUAUCGCGUGAUCAUCGACGAGAGCACCACGGUGGAGUCGUGCCUCACUAAGGCCAGGAAGAUCUUCGAGAUCGACCAGGACUUCCUCCUCGACAGCGACUUCAACGUCUACUUGAAGGAGGACGAGAGCAGGCCGAUCUCGGGCAAGAUCUCGGACCACACCAAGCUGCGCCCAUGGGGGCCAGACGGCAUCGAGCUCCACAUCUACUACGAGCCGAAGUGAGCGGGGCGAGCUCGUCCUGCUGGGCAGUGGCUGAAGAGAGAGGAUUUUACAGAGCGCGCUCGUCCCCCCUCCUCAAAAGACUGCCCCAGCAAAGCACCCCGAUUGCAACCGCUGCGUUCGCCUCGCAGUCCUUGUCAGAAGGCACCCAGGGAGAGGUCCGGGGAGCAGCGGCAUCGGUACCUCUUGGCUUCCCCAGUUUCAGGGGCAACGUCAGAGGGAUAGGCUUAUGUCGGGCGUGUCCCCCUACAGGGGGACUGUCGACGA